CAGUUCCUCAUUAACAAAGUUAAGAUUCAACCAACAUCAAACACAGAAUUAUGUGUCAUGAACUCGAUGACUUCUAAAGAUCCAACAAACCUCUUAUAUCAUCAUCUUCAUCUUUAUCAGGGAUUACUGUCUUUACACGGACAUCAACUUUCAGAUUGUUAUGGAGGAACAAGCAGAAGCGCUUGACAUCUGCCCAGCAGAUGCAGAGAAUUCCUCACAUCAGCAGCAGAAAACAUAUGAAGAUGCUGAUCCGGGUUUCAGCGCCUCGUGUCUGACAACAGCAGAACUGCAGCAGCACUGGAGGGCCGUGAAGCAGGAGUUCAGAAGCAUUAAACUGCUGUUUGACAUCCCUUCAGCCCGAAUCAUCGACCAAAUGUUCUCCAAAUAUGUGGUGUAUCGGAUUGUGGUUAUCCAGUCUGGUACCUACGACUGUAAACGUGUGGCUAUUGAGCGUCGCUACACCGACUUUCUUCACCUGCAUCAGGAGCUCCUGCUGGACUUCAAUGAGGAGAUGGAAGACAUGGUGAUGCCCAGAAAAAGAGUGACGGGAAACUUCUGUGAGGAGAUCAUCUCAGAGCGGCGUGUCGCCCUGAGAGACUAUCUAACUCAGAUCUACUCCAUCAGAUGCGUCCGCCGAUCGCAAGCUAUUCAGGCGUUUUUCACUCAACAGGAACUAAAAGAGGCAUAUGACCUGUUGCGUGGUGGACGCUUUUCCCGAGCUCUUGAGGGCCUACAGAAGGUGUUGGUGCUUCAGGAGAAACUGUCUUCUCAUGACUCCACUUUAGUGAUACCGACCUUGUGUGCCAUAUUGGUGUGCCAAAGGGAUCUAGAGGACUUCAAUGCUGCUUUUCAAACAGGCAGAAGGGCUCUUCCCACCGUGAGGCGCUAUGAGCUCCGCCGGUAUCAGGGGCCCCUGCUGGAGGCUCUUGUUGAUUUGGGUUACAGCCUUGAGUUGCCUGUGGCACAGUUACAGGAUGAGCUGACCAGAGUAAGAGACUCCCCUCAUAGUCCGGUAUCGCUGAUCUCCCUUAAAGAACUGGUGGUGCAAGAGUUUGUGUAGGAAACAUGAAUGUGAUCGUAGGGACACAGAAGAAUAAAAACAUUGUGCUGUACACAUUUUAAUGACUCUGAUGUCCAGAAGGCCAAAGCUCUAGUGCACAAAUGGUCUCAUAUUUUGAGAUCCUUUAGAAUAUUUCCUAUCAAUUAAAUAUUUUUUCUAUAGCAGUUGUUUGUCGUUUUACACUUUAGACAGUAUACUAUACAGCAUAUAGAUUUCAAUAACUACACAUAUCUACACAAAAACCAAAUACAAGUUUGUAAACAACCUUUUAAAGUUUUAAUAUCAUUAGAAAUACACUUGA